CAUGUACAUCUCUUAAACAUUGAUUUGUUGAAAUUAAAUGUAUGCUUUUACAACAAUUCAAGUCUCAUCAUCUCAUCAAAUAAUUUCCUGAAAAAAGAAAAUUAAUUAAAGUCUGCAUCAUACACUCAUUACCCUCAUCUCUCUCAUCCCCCCCCUCUCUCUCUCUUGUUCAUCCCUGUCCUCCCUCCAUCUCACAUCCACAGUGCAGUACCAUCAAUCACCCUUUCAAUGGCAAGAAAAACUCCAACAAGAUUCUUCUUUUAACACCCACUAUUCUUAAUCAUGCAUCUCCACAAAAUCUUCUUCAUAUUUCUUUAACAAUCACUGAGAUUUAGUGGUGGGUCGUCUUCAAAUCUUGAAAAGACACAUCUUUCUUGGUUUCCUGUCUUAAAGAUUCUGAUUCCAAACUUGGGUCUGGUUCUUUUUCACCCUUUUCUUUAUUUUUCUGUUAAUUUUUCAAUGGGGAACACAAAUGGUAGAGAAGAUGGUGGUGGUGGUGGUGGUGGUGAGGGUGGUAGCACCUCCUCUAUUGGAAACGAUGUCGUUUCACAGGAUGUUAAUUAUACUGCUCGUACCGGUGAUGAUGGUGAUUUCAUGGGUCACUCUCCUCCUCCAAGCCCUAGGGUUUCUGGUUCUCCAUUGAUGUUUACUCCUCAGGUACCCGUGGCUCCAUUACAAAGACCCGAUGAGAUGCAGUCAAACAAUUCAUGGAUGCACGACUCUUCCAGCUAUGAGGACAUGAUGACCGAGCAAGGAAUCCCGACAAUGAUUACGUGGAGCUAUGACGGAAAAGAAGUGGCUGUUGAAGGUUCUUGGGACAAUUGGAAAACAAGGAAGCCCUUACAGAGAUCCGGAAAAGAUUUUAUUAUACUAAAGAUUCUUCCGUCAGGCGUUUACCAGUAUAGAUUUAUCGUUGACGGUCAAUGGAGGCAUUCGCCUGAUGUGCAAUGGACACAAGACGAAGCAGGCAACACUUAUAACAUCUUAGAUUUGCAGGAAUACGUACCCGAAGACAUUGAAAGCAUAUCUGGUUUCGAACCACCGCAAUCACCAGAUUCAAGCUACAACAAUUUACAACUUGGAUCCGAGGAUUACGCAAAAGAGCCGCCGUUAGUACCGCCACAUCUCCAAAUGACGCUUCUUAACACCCCUUUGCCCCACACGGAGCCCUCUCCUCGACCUCAACAUGUUGUCAUCAACCAUCUUUACAUGCAGAAAGGAAAGAGCAGUGAUUCUGUUGUAGCCCUUGGAUCAACUCAUCGGUUCCUAUCCAAGUAUGUGACCGUCGUCCUCUACAAGUCUAUACAUCAAUAAUCAGAAAUCAGCCAACCGACCCGACUUCUUCACUUUGAAUGUUUUUAGAAGAAAUGCAAUGUUAAUGGUGUGUUUCAUUCAAGAGGAGAUGAUUUGUGAAGAGAUCUUACUUUUAUGAUGAUGUAGUGAUAUGAUUUUCGAGUUUUAUAUGUACUCACCAUAACCAUCAUGCAGAAAUUUAUCAUGUAGAUUUACUACUCCAUUGAUACAAUUUAAGAAAUGAUCAUGUUUUCACU